GGCCAAAAUUAUCGAGUUUCCUUUCACUAGUGUAACCUUGUACACGUGCACCAUGCUGUAUCACAUGGGUAAAUGGCCAUGUCAGACUCUGUCAUAUGUACCUAGUUCUCUUUAUAGGUUAAACUUCUCUUGUUAGUGUAGAUCAGCAUUUCGUGGUGACUUAAAAUAGUGAGAAUUGAAAACGGCAUUUUUUGAGAACAUAGAUAAAAUUAAUUUUUAGCAAUGACGUAUAUGAAAUCGUGGGAAGAAUUUGAAAAGGGGGCAGAAAGGCUAUACUUGCAAAAUCCAAUCAAGGCUCGGUAUACAAUGAAGUACUGUCACAAUAAGGGUACUCUUUGUCUUAAGCUUACAGAUAAUCGUACGUGCCUACAGUAUAAAACAGAAAUAGCACAAGAUCUGAAGAAGAUGGAAAAAUUUAUAGGAAAUCUUAUGCGACACAUGGCAUCGAAGGACAACUGAAUCUAACGAAAUAAGAAUAGGAGUAUAUUUUCCAAAUAAAACCGUGUUCACAACAUUGGAUGACUGUUUCUUCUCAUCAACUGAGUGACUGGUGGGAUUAUACAUAUUUAUUUUGUUGAGGUAUAACAAACUUCUUAAAUAUACAGUAUGUGCAUAAAAGUCUGCUUUUCAUUUAAAGCUGAGUGCUCAUUUUGGCCGGGUCCUUUGUCGGCGCGUUAAAGUUCUGAAACAAUUCAUUAAGACCAAUUAUAUUAUUAUUAAAAAUUAUAUAGCUCACUAUACAACAUGAUAUAUAUCAUGUGUUAAAAGAUGUGUACAUCAAUUAAAAGUGUGCAUUUACAAAGUAAUCAUCGUUUAUAUCAUCAAUAAAAUGUGCAGCUGACCAUUAAAUAAAUAAAUAAUGCCAUGCA